AUGCCGACCACGAAGGAACACGAGCGAGGCAGUGUCGAUGACACGAAGCUGCGGCUCGAAGCCAUCGUGCGCAGCGACAACCCCAACAAAUCCGAAAUGGAACACUCGCAGGCGUCGCAUCGAGACUGCGCUUCGCGGGGCUCGUUUCGCAAGGUCGCACACGACGCUCUCGCACGGCUCUCGUCCGUAAAGACGCUCCGCGACCGCACACGCCGCGCGACGUUGAGCGCCAAAGACUGGCUCCUCGCCCGAUCCCGCGCGAUUCUACACCGAAAGUCCCUAGGACACUUUGGCUCGAUGGCGCAGAACCGCGUCUCGAACGUUGCACUCGUGGGCUCCACCUCUGGCGUCGACGCGGGCGAUGGCUGUAAGCUCAACGGUUGCACGCCGUCGUCGCGGGUGCUGGCGCGCGACAAGCGCCUCGCAAUCGAUCCGAACGGACGGGGCAUUUCCAUUUGGCGCGUUUUUCUCUUGGCGAUCCUACUCUACGACGUGCUGGUCGUGCCGCUCAUGCUCUGUGACGCCAUGAUCAACGAAAGCGUGUGCGCGAUGGCGUAUGGCGUUUACGCCGGCGAAAUCUUUUUUUUGGCCGACUUUGGUGUCAACCUGCACGUCGGGUUUGACAAAGAUGGUGACGUGAUGCGGCUGCCCGACCUCACGCGGCGCCGGUACCUUUGCUCGCGCCGGUUUGCGCUCGACCUCGUGGCCAUACUGCCGCUCUACGUCAUCCCCGUGGCGCCGUCCAUGUGCGGCCUCGUGCACCUCAACAAGCUCGUGCGCGCUGUCUACCUAACCCCAUACACGAUCGAGUUUGACAAGGUGUUUGCGCGCCGCUUCAUCUUUUGCAAGAUCGUCAAGGUCAUCGUCGUCUGCUACAUGUGUGGCCACUACGUGGCGUGCGUCUACCUCAUGUUUGGCUUCUCGGACGGCUCCGAGACCGGUGCAUGGCGUCUCCAUCACCCAUUGGCCCAUGCAUCGUUCGCAGCGCAGUAUUUUGGCGCGCUUUUUUGGUCGAUUGGCAUCAUUUCAAAAAGCGUUGAAGGCCAAGUGCCUCGGACGGCCCUCGAGUCGCUCUUCAUGCUCUUUGUUAUGUUUGGUGGGUUCCUUCUUUUCGUCUACAUUUGCGGCACGCUCUUCAUGAUGUCCAAAUGUGACAUGGCGCACCAAGAGAUUUUGGACGCCAAGGUGAACCAGCUACGUCACGUGCUCUCGUACCACAAGGUGCCCCAAGACAUGCAGGACCGCGCAGUCGAGUACAUUGAACACGAGUUUAAGAGCGGCGACACGAACGACAAGAGCAACAUGAAGCUGCUCUGCCCGUCGAUCGCAAAGGAUGUCAAGUUUACCAUGCUAAAGGGCAUGGUGGCCAAUGUCCCAUUCUUCCGGCGCUGCAGCAACAGCUUUCUCCGCGCACUCAUCGACCUCACCGAGACCGAAGCGAUACCGGCCAACUUUCCCGUCGUCACCCAAGGCGACGUCGGGGACAACAUGUACUUUGUCCAAUCCGGCGUCCUCAUCAUUACACUCGACCGCAUCAAGGUACUUCAAAUCGUCCUUUGGAACUCAUUUGGCGAGCUCGCGCUCUUCACCAACCGAACGCGGUCCGCGAGCGUGACAUCGGUGACCUUUUGCAUUUUGCACAAGCUCGCGCGUUUGCAGGUGCACCAGGUGCUCUCUGCGUACCCCGAGUUCGAAGACAGCAUCUUGGACUGCGUCGCGCAGCUCGUUCAAGCCUUUGACGGCGAAAACAGCAAGAUUGUCGACCCCACGCGCCGGCUGUCGCUCCGCCAUAUCCUCGAGACGGCCGGAGAGGAGACGACGUGUUUGCCGACCGAAGCGCCAAAAGCCACGAUUCUCCAAGAGCCCCGCGCUGUCACCGGCUCCAAGCGCUAUCGAACGACGUUUUUCUCGUCCACGUCGGUCGUUCCCGAGGUCGGACGGAAUCGUUCCAAGAGCUUACCGCCACGACGAUCGAAUCCACCGCCGCUUGCGACCGCACCGGUGGAGGUGUCGCCGCCUCGAUGGGUUAGCUUUUUGCUGGCAACGCCAAUCACGCGUCGCUCCAGAUGUCGGCUCAUGUGGCUUGCAAGCCUCCAGGCGGCCAUGUGGUACAACCUUUUCACCGUGACGCUUCUCAAUACCUUUCGCUCGAUCGGGUAUCCGACGACGGCGCUUGUUCUCAACACGAUCGCCGACAUGAUCUACCUUGGCGACAUUUACGGGCAGCUCAAUCUCUCGUACAUUGUCGAAGCCGAGCAGAUCAUGGACCCAAUCAAGUGCGCGCGGCGUUAUUUCCAUGGCGCCUUCUGCCUUGAUGUCGUUGGCGCGCUUCCGUGGUGGCUUUUGGCGCCGUCCCAGCAUCUCGUCUGGCGCAUCCUGCGACUGCUUCGGUGCCGCCACAUCGAGCACGAAUUCAACGAAGUCGCGGUGCUCAUCCGGAUUACGAGUCGGCGGCGCAUCGCCAUUUUGGGCUUUGGCCUCUUUAUCGCGUACCACAUGGCAGCCUGCAUAGCGCAGAGCUACAUUCUCUUGGCACCGCACGACCCGAGUCACCCCAGCGAGCUGCUGCCGCCGCCCGAGCUGCAACUGCCGUGGAAUAGCAACCAUACGGCGUACAUCAACGUCACGACGCUCGAGCUGAUUGCGAUCGACGACCCGGCCGUGCCCGACAUUCUCGCGCGGCAAUAUCUGCGCGUGCUCUACUAUGGCGCGGUGUGUGUCACCAACCUUGGGCUACCGCUCGAGCCCGAGGCACUCGGCGAGUCGGUCCUUGGCUUCUUCUUGAUGCUGAUGGGCAUGCUCCUCAUUUCAGCGCUCAUUGACGAAGUCCAGAAACGCGUGACGGCGUCCGCGCUCGAGCAAAUGGCAUUCCUCUCGCAGCGGUCGCGCAUCGAGCAUUUUUUAAAGUGCCAGAACGUGCCGAGUGCGAUCCACCGCCGCGCGUCGGCGUACUUGGACUUUUGGUGGAGCGUGCAUCGCGGCGCCAACAUCAACGAGCUUCUUAGCACGUUGCCCAACAACCUCCAGCGCGACAUUUACGCGUUCAUUUGCCGCCCGUUCUUGGACGUUGUCGCGGGCCUCGACAAGACCAACGGCGCAUUUCCAAGCGUCUCGGCCAUUUUCCUGGAUAACGUGCAUAUUCAGCUGUUUGGCCAAGGCGAACUCCUCUACCGCAAGAGCGAUCACGCCGAGUGCAUCUAUAUGGUGCUGGACGGCCGCAUUGCGAUUGCGUCGUCGGUGCGGUCGUCACCCGGCGCGACCACGCGCAACCUCGGGCCGGGCGAUCUCUUUGGCUUGUCUGUACUAGAGAUUGAGAACGAGCAUGCUAUGCACGCCGAGUGUGCGAUCGCGCAGUCGUCAUGUGUCGUCGUGGCCAUCUCGCGCGAGACACUCGUCGCGAUGCAGCAAGUCUACGUCCCGUUGUGCGCCAAGCUUCUUCAGCGCGUCCAGAAAGGCCAGACGAGCCGCGGCUGGAAGCUUGCCCGGAAGCACGUGGCCAAUGUCGCGCGCGCCGUCAAAGCGCAGCCCGUCGCGAUCGACCCCGAAGGUACCUUUGCAGUCGCGUGGGAAAUCGCGGUGUUUGUGGCCAUCGUCUUUGACUGCAUUACGGUGCCCUUCUUCCUCGCCUUUGGCUACGACAUGCGCGCAGCCCUUGGGUUUGAAGGCAUCGAGAUCGCGUUGGAAGUGGGCUUUUUCGUGGACUUGGUGCUCCACUUUCGCAUCGGGUACUGGGAGUUUGGCAACAAGGUCAUGGACGUGCCGCGCAUCCGCAAGCAGUAUCUCGUUUCGAGUGCGUUUUGUGUCGAUGUCGUCGCGCUCCUUCCGUUCUAUGUGGCCAACUAUGGCAGCGCGCACUACCUCGAGCUAUGGCACGUCAACAAGCUCCUUCGCGUGACGCGGGUUCCAGGCUUGCUGCAGCACCUCGAGCGGUACUUUUACCGCCACGCGAUCACGAUGCGCGUGCUGCGCACUGUGUUGUACACGUACUUGCUCGCGCAUUUUGUCGGGUGUGCGUGGUAUAGCUUUGGCAGCAACGUGCUGCUGCCGGCGGGAGCUCCCAAUUUUGGAGACAACAUUUGGCUGCCAAGCGCCACGUACGACUUGUCGAAAAACGCUUCGACCAUGACGCCGGCGCUCGCGUACGCGCACUGUUACCACUGGGGCAUUGGCAUGCUCUUUGGCUUUCAACCUGGCAAGCACCCCGUCACGCCGUUCGAAAAUGUGUUUACGAUUUUCGUCCAAACGCUGGGGGUCUUUCUGCUGUCGUAUAUUGUCGGAAAUUUGCUUGACGUUGCAGCCGUCAUGGACGGCAACAACCGCCUCUUUUACAGCAACCUCAACUAUGUCCGGAAGCUCCUCGCGUACUUUGAUUUUUCCAACGACGUCGCAGCGCGUGUCCAGCAUUUUUACUUUUACCGGCUUUUUCACUCGAUUCAUGAAGAGCACGUCUUGGCGAAGUGCCUUCCGCCAACGCUGCUCGCGGACGUCCGCCUCUUCUUAUUGACGCCGAUGCUCAACAAGGUGCCGUUCUUCCAAGGCGAGCACGCGAGCUCGAGCAUCACGCGCGUGCUCGUGAGUCAAAUGAGCCAGAUCCUCGUCACGCGCGGCGAAGUCGUGUGCCGCCAGAACGAAAUCGGCAUGGAAAUGUACUUCGUCUUCGCGGGCUGCCUCGAGAUUUACGUGGCCAACGACAUGCACGACGCGAUGGGUAUUCAUACGUUUGCGGCGAUGGCGAGAGGCACAAAAAUCACCGAAAUCCACGACGGCAGCUUCUUUGGCGAAAAGUCCCUCUUCUCCAACCAGCCGCGGAAUGCGUCCAUCCAAGCCAAGACGUUUUGUACCCUCUUCCGACUCUCGCGCACGCACUUGGAGUCGGUCUUUGCGCAGUACCCCGAGUGGAAAGCCAAGGUCAUGCAGAUCGUCACGAUACUGUACAAGAAGCACGACAAGCAAGUGCGCGAGAAGACCGAGGAGCAGCAGUCUCAAGCCAACAGCCGCGAUGCCGCCAACUCGCGUUACAUGUCGCGCGCGCUUUCCAACAAGGUCAUGCCCGCGCCCGAGUCGAAGCGGUCCGAGACGCUACCACGGCCGUCGACUUCAUUCAAGACAGUUCUCGAUGGGGUGCGGGGUCGCAUCAAGAAGGGUCGUCUGCUGACGUGGCGCGAGCACAUCACGUCACUUCUCCACAUUCAGGUCCAAACGCCGAUUUACCGACGGUUCAUGAAGCUCUUCUGCGCCGCAAUCUUGUACAACGCGAUGAGCAUCCCGUUUCUUCUCACGUUUGGCCAUCAUGGGAUCUCACCCGAGGCGUUUGCCGUCGUCACGCUUCUCAACGUGACCAGCGACCUUGUGUUUCUCUACGAUAUUUGGUUCAAGCGGCACAUUGUCGAGACAACGUCGACGCGCGAGUUUUACGAAGGUGACAUCUUUCCCAAGGGCGGCCUCGUCCUCGACGUACUUGCCGUGAUCCCGUUCGACUAUCUUCUUGGCGCGAUCUUCCAGUGGUCGGCACUCCUCCGCCUCAACCGGUUGAUCAAGGGCCGCCAGUUCAACCACGCAGUGCACGAGAUCAACCGGUUCAGCAUGGCGUACGAGAUCAACCGGCUCGCGCUCCUUGGGCUCUACUACUUUCUCUGCGUCUACUGGACAGCGUGCGCGUACUUUGGCUUGACGAUUCUCGAUGGCUUUACAAACUCGUGGGAGACGUUUUUGCCGAGCCACGAAUUUGAGACCCAGGAGCAUACAAACGUUGGGCACAUGGUCGAGCGCGUCCUUCGCUGCUUGUACUUUUCAGCGUCUAUGUACACGGGGGCCGGCAUCGUGCACGAGCCGUCGACGCUAUUGCAGUACGCGUUUCUCAACCUUGUCUCGGUCUUUGGCGUCUUUGUGCUCUCGUACAUCCUUGGCGAAGCGUCGUCGCUCUUCAUUUACCUCAUCCAAAACGAAGUCGAGUUCAAGAUCAACCACAUGAACGUGAUCGAGUUUCUGCACCACAAACGCAUGGGCGCGGCCAUCGAAGCCCGCGUUCGCUCGUAUCUGACGUACUGGUGGUCGGCGCAGAAAGGCGUCAUGUACCAGAACAUUCUGGAGCAGCUCCCGACGCAGAUUCGGUGCCAUGCCGUGAUCCAGAUCACGCGCCUUAGCCUCUCGCGCUUCGCAACGACGUACUUGCGCCCGCUCUGCCACGACGUUGGCAACAUGGAAUUAGUCAUCUACAGCCUUGCGCAGCGGCUCGUCUUUGAAGGGUACCCCGUCGGCGAGUCGGUCAUCGUCCAAGGCAACAUUGGCAAGACCAUGUACUUUGUCUCGAAAGGCGCCCUCAUCUCGGCGUCGACUGAGCCAGACUUUUUUCCUUCGCGAUUUGCCGACGGUCAGUAUUUUGGUGAAGAAGGCUUUCUCGGCGCCAGUGUGUGCCACUACUCGGUCGUGACGCUUCGAUCGUGCGAUCUUCUCUCGCUCUCGGCCGCCGACUUUGUCGCAGCGCUCUGCGAGCACCCAUUGUUCGUCGAGUGCGCAACGGUUGCGAGGCACAUUGCCCAUCGCCUCGCCACCGCUGCGAUUGCCACGUCGCACCCGAUCGACUUUGAUGUGCUGGUAUGGAGUGCGCUGCAUGCGUCCCACCCGCCGCUUCAGUACCUCAAGUUUGACUCGAUCGACAGCGCGGUGCGCUCUUUGGACCACUUUGUAAAGCUCUUUCUGAGCCACAAUGCGUCCGAAGCGCUCGGCUCCAAGUGGCAGAAACCCAUGAUGUGCAAGCGCUGCGAGAGCGACGUGGCCGUCUACUACUGCGCCGCGUGCAUGCAGACCAUGUGCGCCGAGUGCUCGAUCAAGGUGCAUGGGUCGCCCGAGUACGCGUCGCACCUCCAGACGAUUACGGAUGUGAGCUCUUACAAGAGGCCGCCGACGCGUGUGAGCCCUGCUCGUCGCAUGACCUUGACCUCUUAUGCGCCAAAGUAACCCGACACGAAUCUCAAC